AAAAAUUUUUUUUUUUUUUUUUUUUUGUUCAACUCCGAUCGAAGUCUCGUUCUGCUAAUUGGAAUAAUCUCCCUUCAAAGUUUUGAGAUUCGUCUUGGAUCAUGAUGAAUUCCAUCUUUGGAAAGCGAAAAACUCCCGCAGAACUUCUGCGGGAAAACAAGAGGAUGCUUGAUAAGUCAAUCAGAGACAUCGAGAGGGAGAGGCAAGGCCUUCAGACACAAGAGAAGAAGCUUAUUGCCGAGAUCAAAAAGACCGCAAAGCAGGGACAGAUGGGAGCUGUGAAGGUGAUGGCAAAAGACCUUAUCAGAACACGGCACCAGAUUGAGAAGUUUUACAAGCUUAAAUCCCAACUCCAAGGUGUUUCUCUCAGGAUCCAGACUCUGAAAUCAACACAAGCAAUGGGAGAGGCAAUGAAAGGUGUGACUAAAGCAAUGGGGCAAAUGAACAGGCAGAUGAACCUGCCUUCUCUGCAGAAAAUCAUGCAAGAGUUUGAGAGGCAGAACGAGAAGAUGGAGAUGGUCUCUGAGGUGAUGGGAGAUGCUAUUGAUGAUGCUUUGGAAGGAGAUGAGGAAGAGGAAGAGACUGAAGAUCUUGUUAGCCAAGUCCUUGACGAGAUCGGUAUCGAUAUCAACCAAGAGCUGGUGAAUGCCCCAUCUGGUGCGGUGGCAGCACCAGCAGCAAAGAACAAGGUGGUUCAAGCUGAGGCGGCCGGAGCUGAGGACGGUGGGGGAAUAGAUAGUGAUCUUCAGGCAAGGUUGGACAACCUUCGAAAAAUGUGAGAGGCAUUCUCGGUGUCUGUAUAUUUACUGUUACCCUAUUACUUUUAAACUUCAAAGGAAAAUGUGGCAAACCAGAGAUAUGGUUACGAUUUGAGGGUGGAUUUGUAAUAAUUUCAUAAUUUGGUCCCUGAUUUAUAAAUCUCAUUGUUGUCCUUUUA